AUGGAUCUGAACGAAAUUAAAGGUUGUGAGCCAAAAGAUGACAAAUAUGGCUUCACUUCCUUCAACUAUGACAAAGCCGAUAAGCAGAAGAAAAAGGAAAUUGCUGUUGACCUCAGCGUCUUCCAGCUCCGUGGCUGCCCCAAACUGAAAGGAGCCUAUGGCACCCGGACUCCCCUAUCGACUAUGCCAUUUUUGUCAGGUAGAGAUGUCUACAUAACAAUGCCAGAGCAAGAGGCAAAGCCAUUCGAAUGUGUGGUCACGGUACAUUGGGCCUGUGUCACAUUUGCAGCUCUCUGUGGUGGUGCUGGGCGUGCCUGGUACUUGACUGGCGUGAAACAUGAAGAUGGCUCAUCUCAGCCAAGGGAUGAAGAAUUCAGGGAGGAUGAACGAAAGAAGAAGAGACGGCCUGCACAGAUGGACUCGCCCAAGCGCUGA